CCCCGUCCACUCUCCCCCCUCCAAGCAUUCGUCAACGCCGCGUGCUUUUCCUCUUUUCUUCGCACAGGCUUUAGUAGACUAGUAGUAAGAGCUCUAUGAUUUUCUUCUCUUCAUCGAAAACCCACCGCCAUGGGAGUAGCCAACAACAUAACUGCACUUCUAAACUUCGUAGCUUUCCUCUGCUCAAUCCCCAUAAUUGCCUCCGGCAUCUGGCUUGCCUCCAAACCCGACAACGAGUGCAUCCACUACUUCCGCUGGCCCAUCAUCGUACUCGGAAUCCUUGUUCUCCUUGUCUCCCUUGCUGGCUUCGUUGGCGCUUAUUGGUACAAGGAAACUCUCAUCGCAUUCUAUCUCUGCUGCAUGGCUAUUCUCAUCGGACUUCUCUUGAUCCUGCUGGUUUUCGCUUUCGUUGUCACGCGCGCCGAUGGUGGGUAUGAUGUUCCCGGAAGGGGUUAUAAAGAAUAUAGGGUUGAAGGAUUCUCGUCUUGGCUCAGAAAUCAUGUGGUGAAUUCCAAGAAUUGGGUGAAGAUCAGGAAUUGUCUGGCGGAGAGCGAUGUUUGUUCUAAGCUGGGUCAGAAUUAUCUCACUGCUGAUCAGUUCAUCGUGGCCCAUAUCUCUCCUCUCCAGUCAGGGUGUUGUAAACCCCCAACAGUUUGUGGCUACAAUUAUGUGAACCCAACAUUGUGGCUAAACCCAACAAACCCAACAUCAGACCCAGACUGCUACUUGUGGAACAAUGACCAGAGCCAGCUGUGCUACAAUUGCAAUUCUUGCAAAGCUGGUUUGUUAGGGAAUCUGAGGAAAGAAUGGAGGAAAGCCAAUGUGAUUCUUAUUGUGACAGUGGUGGUGCUUAUAUGGGUCUAUCUUAUUGCCUGUAGUGCCUUCAAAAAUGCUCAAACAGAAGACCUUUUUCGCAGAUACAAGCAGGGUUGGGCUUGAUCUUGCCAGAAACAUCUGCAAUAUGCUGUUGUGCAAGUAUAUCUGUAAUAUAUUCCUUUUGCUUUUGUACUUUGCUGUUAUGGACGGGCACGAACGCUGGUUGGGGAGCCAGUUUUUGAUUGAAAUGAUAAUAGAAUUAGAAUCUCAAUGAUCACGAGCGUUGGAUUCUUCUAUUUCUGUAGC